CAUAACCGGCACUCUCCGGACCUGCUGGGACUGAUCUCUGCGCUCUGGAUGUGGCCCUCCGGAUGAUAACAGAGAAACCCGAGACAGCCAGAGAAGCAGCGAUGUCCGGCAGGUAAAAACUGCGUGAUUUGACCCGCUGAAAUGAGCGAGAGAGCCGAGAUGAAAGGGCCCGUAACCCGCCGGAGGAGGACCACCAUCACCGGCAGCGGACCGGUGAAUCAAGCCAACGGGAGCAAGAGUCACGAUGCCGAGGAGAAACCUCCACAGAGCCCCGGCGCUGAAGCCAAAACAGACGAUGUGUCCAGGCAUCCGAGUAACGGGAAGCCGGACAGAGAGAUGGGGGUUUCGGGGCAGCAGCCCCCACACAGUCCGACCAGAAAACACAUGAGUGUGGUGGAGGAGUUUAACGAGAGACUCAGCUGUCACGUCCUCCAGGAGUCUCUCUUAAGUUCAGCCAGUGGCUACAGCAACUACAGAGGAAUCCUCAACUGGUGUGUUGUCAUGCUGGUGCUGAGCAAUGCACGCCUAUUCUUAGAGAACAUUAUUAAGUAUGGUAUCUUGGUCGACCCUAUCCAAGUAGUGUCUCUCUUCUUGAAGGACCCCUAUAGCUGGCCAGCAGCUUGCCUCAUCAUUGGGUCUAAUGUGUUCAUCCUAGCAACCUUGUACACUGAGAGGCGCCUGGCUGUGGGUACCGUUUCUCAAAGGAAUGGAGGGAUUUUUCACAUUAUUAACCUGACAUCCAUGUUGAUCUUCCCUGCAGCAACUGUACUCACUCUUACAUCCAUGACCCCAGUGGGUGGUAUACUCUCCCUAGCAGCCUACUCAAUUCUGUUUCUCAAGCUGUACUCCUACCAAGACACCAACAGGUGGUGUCGACAAAUCAGACAAAUGAAAGCCAAAAGACUAACACGAUCAAACUCAUGUCCAUCUGUGGCACAAUCCAAUGGUUCAGCAGUUCAAAGUCAUGUCUCCUACCCCGGCAACCUCACCCACAGAGACAUGUACUACUUUGUCUUUGCCCCUACUCUCUGCUACCAGCUCAACUUCCCACGCUCACGUCGAAUACGCAUAAGGUUCCUGUUGAGAAGACUUUUUGAAAUGCUUUUCUUCAUGCAGCUGUUGGUGGGGUUGAUACAGCAGUGGAUGGUUCCCACAAUACAGAACUCAAUGAAACCAUUCCAGGAAAUGGACUUUUCAAGGAUGGUCGAGCGCCUCUUAAAGUUAGCUGUCCCUAACCAUUUGAUAUGGUUAAUAUUCUUCUAUUGGUUUUUCCACUCCUGUUUGAACUUUGUGGCAGAGCUGCUGCAGUUUGGAGACAGACAGUUCUACAAAGACUGGUGGAACUCUGAGACUAUCACAUAUUUUUGGAGCAACUGGAAUAUCCCAGUUUACAAGUGGUGUCUGAGACACUUUUAUAAGCCAAUGUUGAGAAAGGGGGUCAACAAGUUUCUGGCACGAACCGCCGUCUUCCUGAUGUCUGCCUUCUUCCACGAGUACCUGGUGAGCGUUCCUCUGAAGAUGUUCAGACCGUGGGCUUUUAUGGGAAUGAUGGCUCAGGUUCCUCUGGCGUGGUUUGUGGGUCGUUUUCUUAACGGAAACUAUGGCAACGCCGCAGUGUUGAUCUCACUCAUCAUUGGCCAGCCUGUCGCUGUGUUGAUGUACGUCCAUGACUACUAUGUCAUUCAUUAUGGGAGCACGACAUAGCACACACACACACACAGUUUCACAGUCACACACAUAAACAUGUACAAGUCAUGUUGAAUACUCGCACACAGACACACACAGGCACACACAUACACAACCUGCAGGACUACUCAAGGAGUUAAAGUUGAGUAGGUUGAGUGGACUUUAUUAGAAAGCCCUGCUGAUAUGAAUCUGUCAGUGAAAGCAGCAGAAAAUAGUUUUUGCUUCGUGGAUUUUUGCACUAUAGAGAAAUGAACUCAGGAAAGUAUUCCUAGAACCUGAGAAGUGCUUGCUUUAAAGAGUAUUCCUCUUUUAUGAGGACAUUCCUUUGAAGUCAGUUCCAAAGUCUCCACCUGCUCUUAAUAUCUAUAUCUAGCAUUGAAACGAUUCAACUUUAAACAAACAAGUAUUUAAUUUCUAAGGUGUCCCAAAGUUGCCAAAAUGGGUGAUUGAUCAUUUAUGAGCUCAAACUAAGGUUAAGUGCAAUAUAUAAAAUGAUAAGAGCACUUCGCUGCAUUCAAAAGUGGAAACACUGCUUGUAAGCAGACCCCCUUUUGUUCUGGAAUAUGCGCAACAAAUGUGAACCACUGCCGAGAAAAACACAGAAGAGGAUCCUCAACAGAGCCUUGCUUUCAAAGGCAACAGGGGAAAGAUGAUGACAGAUAAGUAGCCAAUGCUUUAAAAUGGCAAUAUAAGAAAGAUCCCAGUGAUUUAAUAAUUGUUUUCAUAGUGUACAUUCUGAAAGUCUCUCUUUUUGAUCUUGUGCAGUUGUUGAGUAUUACAGAAAUGUGUAUUUGAAGGAUUUUUUUCAACAAAGAUUUAAGGCAGGAAAGGAAAGAAAGAAGCUAAACAAUGAGGGAGAAACUGGAGACUGAUGUUUUUGUUUUUAUUUGUACAAUCGUGAACGUCCAGGCAGCCUUUCCUUUUCUGUUUCUCAACUCCAACGCCAUCAAUGCAAACUCUUUGUGUAACAGAACAUGCUGCAGGUGUGUUUUCUGUUGGCUUAAGUGUCUCUUUUGUAAUGCAUUCGACUUAUCAGAGGUUUUAUUUUAUACUUAGUCAAAUGUUAUGUGUCGGUAUAACAGUUACGUUGCACUAAAUUAUAAUUGACGUGAUGUAUUAUUUUGAACCAAUAAUUUAAUGCAGUAAGUGAUUUGCUGAUUUGAACCAAUGAAUGUUUUUGCACUUUAAAGAGAUGCAUACGGAGCCCUAAAGGGACAUUUCUUCUGGAGAAAGUUACC